AAUGUUUAGGAAUGUACUAUUUCCACUGGAGGCUCCUGAGUGAGGGGAGGGCUGUGUGCGCCGCUGCUGCUGCUGAUCAUCCCGAGCUUUGGGGAAGGGACUCUCCGUAUAACGCCGCACUCACACGGGAAGGAUCUGCUUUUGGCAGCGCUGCGCUACUCUUGUUGGAGCUGGAAGAGAAGGGACGGGGUCGGGCAGGAUCUCAAGCUGCUUGAGCGAGUUGCACGUGCACCCAAAGGAGCCGGAGAUCGGAGCGGAGCCGCUGAGUUGAAUAAGGAGCUGGUUGAGAAAAAUGGUGAUUGCCGCAGGGAUUCCCAAACACUGAGGCUUUUUCCAAGGAUUACAUUGGAAUAGUUCUACAUAUUUCAUUCUUUUGGAUUUCUAUAUUUUUUUAACUUACCUUGACGUUUAAUGACGUUUGCCUUGUGAGAGUAGCAUCAUGGCCUCCAGUCUGACCUGCGCCGGAGUAAUAUGGGCAAUACUCUCGUUCCUGUGUGCUGCUGCCUCUUGUGUUGGAUUCUUCAUGCCGUAUUGGCUGCUGGGUAGCCAACUGGAUAAGCCGGUGUCGUUUGGAACCUUCCGACGGUGCUCAUACCCCGUAAGGGAUGAAUCCCGCCAGACCACUUUUAUGGUGGAACAGUGUGGCCGCUAUGCGUCUUUCCAGGCAAUCCCAAGUCCUGAGUGGAGGAUCUGUACUAUUGUUACAGGCCUUGGUUGUGGCCUUCUCCUGUUGGUUGCCCUGACAGCAAUGAUGGGAUGUUGUGUGUCUGAGCUCAUCUCUAGGACUGUGGGAAGAGUGGCCGGUGGGAUACAGUUCCUGGGAGGGUUGCUGAUUGGAGCUGGUUGUGCCUUGUAUCCUCUGGGGUGGGACAGUGAGGAGGUGCGGCAGGCAUGUGGGAACCUGUCAGAGCAGUUUGAAUUGGGCACCUGUAGGUUUGGAUGGGCUUACUAUUGCACCGGAGGUGGAGCCGCGGUUGUCAUGCUGAUCUGCACCUGGUUGUCUUGUUUCUCCGGCAAGAAGCAAAAGCAAUACCCUUACUAAAAUCUACCAGCAAAAUAAGCGUGCUGUGCUAUCAAAGAAAGACUAGCAAGGAUCAGAAGGGUAGUUUGUAUGGUGCUUUGGCACUUACCAGCAGGACAGUUAACAUCAUGGUGGAGUGAGCUUUUCACAUCUUCACAGCGCACAGUCCUCGCCAAUGGACAAUUCAUUCACAUGCACCAUAUUCAGAGGGCAUGUUCUCUAGACUGUGGUUGGUUUCCUCCUGAGGAUUUCACAAGCUGUUGAGAUGCCAGAAUUUAUAGAGCCUUGGUGGAAGGAACAACAAUCUCACUUUUUAUACUUCAGUGAAAGCACAAACCUACUGCAAGAAAGUAGCACAAAGCUGGGCUUUUAAUGCUGCCUCCUUUAGCCUGGGAAUGUCCAACAUGGAAACCUUUAGCCGUCCGAACAGCAGCCACGGCAUCAUAGGUUGGGCAUUUCUGCUUUAGUCCCUUUGACACUAGUGGGGCCACCAGUCCUCCAGCACUAUGGGGCAAAUAUGUAGGGGUCGGGUUGCUAAACCUAGUAAGGGAGAUUAGUGCAUGUUCCCAGUUAUGUAACUGCCCCUUUGGUAGGAGAGGGUAUAUUUCAGUAUUAUUCUAUUUUCUAUUGCUAUAAUAGCUUCUGUAAAAUAUUGUUUGGACCAUUCUGCACAGUUUUUUUUUCAUAAUUUCAUGUAUAUGUAUCUUGAGGUUAAUAUAUAUAACACCUCAGGAGCACAAAGGGCUCCAGUGUAUUGUGUAAAAGGGGAAAUAUGACCAUAUACUUUUAUUAAGAGGAGUUAUCGUCCAUCUCUUUUAUCGAUGUGCACAAAAUAUAAUAACAGUUUGUAUUGAUAUAUAAUUAUGAGAACUUUAUUUGUCCAUAAUUACAUCUAUGCGUUUCGCCAUCACCCUUCAGGAAGACGGCCCGAGUGUUGGAGCCAAAACAUUGAAAGAAACCACAACUUUUUUCUGUUAUAUAAGUCCUUGGAGUGUGUUUUUUUUUUUUUUGGUAAUGUAUUAAUAUUAUAUUUAACCAGCACCCAGGCAGCUGUUGCUCACUGGUUUUGAGUGCAGCAGGCAGGACUGGAUUAACACACACACACACACACACACCACACACACACACACACACACACACACACACACACACACACACACACACACACACACACACACACACACACACACACACACACACACACACACACACACACACACACACACACACACACACACACACACACACACACACACUUGCCCUGAGUGCAUAGAUCAGUCAUAAACUGGCAAUAUUAUUGGUGCCAUAUAUAGUUAAUAAGCAUGUACUUCGCAUGUACUUCACCACCAGUUAAAAGGAACCCUUCCCUCUUUGUAUCAGCGGCGAUCCUUGCCAUUUCGCCGCCUGAUAUGGCCUGCACGUCGCUAGUGCAGAGAGCGCAAUUGCUCUUUCUGCACUAGAAGAGCUGAAUUUCCGGGUUGAAAACCGGAAAUUUGGCUCUUAGUUACCAGGAGGGACAUUUUUGCUGCCCCUGGCAACCAGGGGGCGGUGCCGCCUGAGGCAAGUGGCUCAACUCGCCUCAUUGGUGGAGCGCCCCUGAUGGAAAUGUUAAGAAAUUUUAUUUUUCUCUGGCAGGACUUCAUUUAAUUGAUGUAAAGGCAUCAGACAACGAUUAUUCUGUCUGUAUCCCAUAAUUCUAAGUCUAUUUUCCUCACACAUGUAUUGAUAUAUGCUCAUUAUACUGUUGUAAGUCAAGGAUUGGCCUUGCAAAAAAAAAAAACCUGUUAGUUUAAGCCAUAUGUGUCCGAAUCAGCCAGGGUUUAAAGUCCGGACAGGGGAGCAGAGAGUCAGACUGGGUCAGAGGGACACUGGGAAAAAACCUGGUGGCCACUGCUGACCCAGGCCCGAUCCCCGCUUGCCCUCCACUGUUGCCCCCCCCAAUCACGGUAAAAGUAAGUUUAAGGUGAGUGGCCUUGCACACCCCCAGUCUGACCCUGGGAUAGGGUGUUUAGGGGUGGAAUUGUAAUUUCAAGUGGACAGGCCAUGGUCCAUGAUUGUCCUACUGCAGUGUCAAUCAGUAACGUCUGGGUUUCAGUUGUCUGAAAACCAGGCAAGCAGUUUUGAACUGAACAGCCCACACAAAACUAGAAAUGUGGCAACCCUAGGCAUAUCUAAAGGGGCAGUAACACAUGCACAAAAAUCUGAAGUGCCUCAUAGAGUCUGAAUCAUAUCAACAAUGCCUUUCAGUACGGCUCGUGAAUCUAAAUCGGCCCAACUGGCUGAUUGAAUUAAAAAUCGGUAUUUAGCAUUUUCCAAUUGCCUUCAGGAAUUAUUAUCCCAGAGCACCUUAAGGAAACGACUGGUCAGGUAUAAUGAAUCCCAUAGAAGGGUACUGGCAGUAGAGAUUUCCAGGGUUAUCAGUAAAACAUAAUCUUGUGAUUGAUCAUUGCCAUAAUCAAUAUCAGUGAUCAUUAUAGAGGGACAGGAUUUGAUUGUCUCAUAAUGAGCAUUAGGAAAUCAGUGCGGCAAAUCAAUUAAUUUUGCAAUCGAACAGCACUAAAAAUAUCAAGAGAGAGUCGUAUGUCAGAGAGAAGAACAUAAUUGCCAUAAAUGUAUGGAAAACUAAAUGGAAGAUAACUCCUUAUUAAUAGGGUAUAUAUCUGACUUCUAACAGGGUUCAUUUUUUAAUACAUUGCAAACAAUUUUGACACCCAGGGAGUCACCUGUGUUCUAAUUAUCCCCAUGGGUACAAACCCCUUUAUACUUAUUACAGUAAUAGGUCAUAUUUGUUGUGUUUCUAUAAUGCAAUACCCUACAGUCUGUAUCUGAGUAACCUUAAUAAUUAUGUUAUAUAUAACCAUUUCUGGUACUUGCUUUUUUUAAAUGCUUAUGUUCAGCAUAGGCUCCUAGGAACCAGAUUUGUCAUUAUGUUACACUAUGUCUAUUACCACUUUUGUAAACCACAAGCUGUACUUGGAUUAUACUAUGUUUGUAUAUUAAAACAAUAAAAUGUGUAUAUAA